AUGAGGGUAAGUGGAGGGAAAGCCUUGGCAUACACUGUCGCUAUAUGUUCAACAUGCAGUAGCUUGGUGGGCGCGAUCACUCUUGAUCUAAGCUCUGAUGAAAGUAUCAAAACUGCCGCAUCCGAUGUCGCCUACGACAUGAUGAAAUAUUAUACAGGAAACAGAACCGGAGAUGUCCCCGGUAACUUACCUGACCCUUAUUAUUGGUGGGAGGCAGGAGCUAUGUUUGGCAUAAUGGUCGACUAUUGGUAUUAUACGGGAGAUGAAACCUACAACGAAGAAGUAAAACAAGCACUCCUACAUCAAGCUGGCAACGAUUACGAUUUCAUGCCCUUAAAUCAGACAAAAACAGAAGGAAACGAUGAUCAGGGAUUCUGGGGAAUGGCUGCUAUGACAGCAGCGGAGACUAAUUUCACCAAUCCGGACAACGGAACUCCUGGUUGGGUCGCGAUGGCGCAAGCAGUUUUCAACGAUAUGGCAGCUAGAUGGGAUGAGUCAACCUGCGGAGGUGGAUUGAGAUGGCAGAUCUUUACAUUUAAUUCUGGAUACAAUUACAAGAACAGUAUUGCGAAUGGUUGUUUCUUCAACCUAGGAGCUAGGUUGGCAAGAUAUACAGGGAACUCAUCAUAUGCUGAAUGGGCAGAAAGGAUCUUUACUUGGGAACAAAGUGUUGGAUUGAUUGGUGACGGUUAUGAAGUAUAUGAUGGUACAUCCGAUACUGAUAAUUGCAGCUCUAUCGAUCAUAUACAGUGGACUUACAACGCUGGUAUUUAUCUUUUGGGGUCCGCCAUGAUGUACAAUUACACCAAUGGAUCAUCAAUUUGGCAAAAUCGAACACAAGGUCUCUUAAACGCCAGUAGCGUCUUUUUCCAAAACAAUGUUAUGCUUGAAGUAGCGUGCGAAACCACCACUGUUGGUUGCGACACUGAUGAACAAUCCUUUAAAGCCUACCUAUCUCGUUGGAUGGCCGCAACAACUAAAAUCGCCCCAUUCACCGAACCAACAAUCAUGACAUACAUCAAUGCAUCGGCCCAAGGUGCAGCCGCACAAUGCUCUGGAGGAAGUAGCGGAAGAGCCUGUGGAGAGCAUUGGACCGCAGGAAGUGCCUACGACGGAAAGUAUGGAGUUGGAGAACAAAUGAGUGCACUCAGUGUAAUUCAAGCAACACUCAUCGGAACGGCUCCCAAUCUUGUCACCAAUGACACCGGUGGAACUAGUGUAGGAAAUGCCGCGGGUGGAAGUGGAACUAGUACGAAUAGUGACGGAACCGUCGAAAAACCGGUUACUAGCGGAGAUAGAGCCGGAGCGGGAUUUGUCACGGCGCUUAUUAUUUCCGGUGUUCUAGGUGGUGUAGGUUUUAUGGUUAUAGGUUGA